UGGAUGUACCUGAAAAAUGCUAAUGGUAAAUAUCCUGUGGAUCGGUCUUUGGAUCGUUCCUCAGGCACUUGCCGCGGACUCAUGUGCAGGACAAUCAUUUGGAUACAGAUCGGCGGACCCAGCAGACCCCCACUCGUACUUCCUCUGUCUGGGCUUCCUAGGCCAGAUAAGGAGCACCUGCCAAGACGGAUUCCGGUUCAGUGUCCAAGACCAAAGCUGCGUGCAAGGAGGCCAGGCAAGUCCUGGCCACUCCUUAGCAGACAAGGACCCCACCAUCCACCAAAACGUAUUCAUUGACAGGCCGAUGAUUUUCAAUUUUUUCGGUAACCUGUGGGGCAGCCCCCAAAGGCCGAAUCCCUCCCUACCCCUAACGCAACCCCCCCAGACCACCCACGAUCAGCAACAAGACCCGAUACCCAGCGCAAGUUUCUCACUCUUAAGGGAAGUCAUUUCUUCCCCCCAGGAGAACGAGCCAGACUCCAAUGAUGCGUCACCUACUCCAACGAAUGAGGCAUCGAGGUGUCGCUUUUUACCAAACGGUUCCUUCAUAAGGGACUCCAAAAAAUGCGGAGUAUUUUACGUGUGUGCCAAUGGGAUCGGUAUUACUCGAUGCUGUCCAGAAGGUCUCCAUUUCGACAUCGUGAAGAGUUUUUGCAAUAUCCCAAGUAUGGUCGACUGCUCUCCCGAAGAAUUGACCACGACACCGUCCCCACCUACAACUUCGACAACGACAAUUAGGCCCAGCCCUGCAGAACCAUCAUCCAUGGAACCAUCAACAACCGAACCAUCUCCGGAGAGCUCAACAGAGCCAAGUAGCUCCAGCUCAGAGGAACCAUUGUCUACGGAACCUUCUCCGGAGAGCUCAACAGAGCCAAAUAGCUCCAGCUCCGAGGAACCAUCUUCCACGGAACCUUCUCCGGAGAGCUCAACAGAGCCAAGUAACUCCAGCUCCGAGGAACCAUCAUCGACGGAACCCUCGUCCACGGAACCUUCUCCGGAGAGCUCAACCGAGCCGAAUAACUCCAGCUCCGAGGAACCCUCGUCCACGGAACCUUCUCCGGAGAGCUCAACAGAGCCAAAUCGCUCCAGCUCAGAGGAACCAUUGUCCACGGAACCUUCUCCGGAGAGCUCAACAGAGCCAAGUAAUUCCAGCUCUGAAGAACCAUCGUCCACGGAACCCUCCUCCACGGAACCCUCGUCCACGGAACCCUCGUCCACGGAACCAUCGUCCACGGAACCUUUUCCGGAGAGUUCAACAGAGCCAAAUAGCUCCAGCUCAGAGGAACCAUCUUCCACGGAACCUUCUCCGGAGAGCUCAACAGAGCCAAGUAACUCCAGCUCCCAGGAACCAUCAUCGACGGAACCCUCGUCCACGGAACCUUCUCCGGAGAGCUCAACCGAGCCGAAUAACUCCAGCUCCGAGGAACCCUCGUCCACGGAACCUUCUCCGGAGAGCUCAACAGAGCCAAAUAGCUCCAGCUCCGAGGAACCAUCGUCCACGGAACCUUCUCCGGAGAGCUCAACCGAGCCGAAUAGCUCCAGCCCUGAGGAACCAUCGUCCACGGAACCUUCUCCGGAGAGCUCAACAGAGCCAAGUAACUCCAGCUCCGAGGAACCAUCUUCCACGGAACCUUCUCCGGAGAGCUCAACAGAGCCAAGUAAUUCCAGCUCUGAAGAACCAUCGUCCACGGAACCCUCCUCCACGGAACCCUCGUCCACGGAACCCUCGUCCACGGAACCAUCGUCCACGGAACCUUUUCCGGAGAGUUCAACAGAGCCAAAUAGCUCCAGCUCAGAGGAACCAUCUUCCACGGAACCUUCUCCAGAGAGCUCAACAGAGCCAAGUAACUCCAGCUCCGAGGAACCAUCAUCGACGGAACCAUCGUCCACGGAACCUUCUCCGGAAAGCUCAACAGAGCCAAAUAGCUCCAGCUCAGAGGAACCAUCUUCCACGGAACCUUCUCCGGAGAGCUCAACAGAGCCAAGUAACUCCAGCUCCGAGGAACCAUCAUCGACGGAACCCUCGUCCACGGAACCUUCUCCGGAGAGCUCAACCGAGCCGAAUAACUCCAGCUCCGAGGAACCCUCGUCCACGGAACCUUCUCCGGAGAGCUCAACAGGGCCAAAUAGCUCCAGCUCCGAGGAACCAUCGUCCACGGAACCUUCUCCGGAGAGCUCAACAGAACCAAGUAGCUCCAGCUCCGAGGAACCAUCUUCCACGGAACCUUCUCCGGAGAGCUCAACAGAGCCAAGUAACUCCAGCUCCGAGGACCCAUCAUCGACGGAACCCUCGUCCACGGAACCUUCUCCGGAGAGCUCAACCGAGCCGAAUAACUCCAGCUCCGAGGAACCCUCGUCCACGGAACCUUCUCCGGAGAGCUCAACAGAGCCAAAUAGCUCCAGCUCCGAGGAACCAUCGUCCACGGAACCUUCUCCGGAGAGCUCAACCGAGCCGAAUAGCUCCAGCCCUGAGGAACCAUCGUCCACGGAACCUUCUCCGGAGAGCUCAACAGAGCCAAGUAACUCCAGCUCCGAGGAACCAUCUUCCACGGAACCUUCUCCGGAGAGCUCAACAGAGCCAAGUAAUUCCAGCUCUGAAGAACCAUCGUCCACGGAACCCUCGUCCACGGAACCCUCGUCCACGGAACCCUCGUCCACGGAACCAUCGUCCACGGAACCUUCUCCGGAGAGUUCAACAGAGCCAAAUAGCUCCAGCUCAGAGGAACCAUCGUCCACGGAACCUUCUCCGGAGAGCUCAACAGAGCCAAAUAGCUCCAGCUCCGAAGAACCAUCUUCCACGGAACCUUCUCCGGAGAGCUCAACAGAACCAAGUAGCUCCAGCUCCGAGGAACCCUCGUCCACGGAACCUUCUCCGGAGAGCUCAACAGAGCCGAAUAACUCCAGCUCUGAAGAACCAUCGUCCACGGAAACUUCUCCGGAGAGCUCAACAGAGCCGAAUAACUCCAGCUCCGAGGAACCAUCGUCCACGGAACCUUCUCCGGAGAGCUCAACAGAACCAAGUAGCUCCAGCUCCGAGGAACCCUCGUCCACGGAACCUUCUCCGGAGAGCUCAACAGAGCCAAGUAACUCCAGCUCCGAGGAACCAUCAUCGACGGAACCCUCGUCCACGGAACCUUCUCCGGAGAGCUCAACCGAGCCGAAUAACUCCAGCUCCGAGGAACCCUCGUCAACGGAACCUUCUCCGGAGAGCUCAACAGAGCCAAAUAGCUCCAGCUCAGAGGAACCAUCGUCCACGGAACCUUCUCCGGAGAGCUCAACAGAGCCAAAUAGCUCCAGCUCAGAGGAACCAUCUUCCACGGAACCUUCUCCUGAGAGCUCAACAGAGGCAAGUAACUCCAGCUCAGAGGAACCAUCUUCCACGGAACCUUCUCCGGAGAGCUCAACAGAGCCAAGUAACUCCAGCUCCGAGGAACCAUCAUCGACGGAACCUUCUCCGGAAAGCUCAACAGAGCCAAAUAGCUCCAGCUCCGAGGAACCCUCGUCCACGGAACCUUCUCCGGAGAGCUCAACGGAGCCGAAUAACUCCAGCUCUGAAGAACCAUCGUCCACGGAACCCUCGUCCACGGAACCUUCUCCGGAAAGCUCAACAGAGCCAAAUAGCUCCAGCACAGAGGAACCAUCUUCCACGGAACCUUCUCCGGAGAGCUCAACAGAGCCAAAUAGCUCCAGCUCCGAGGAACCAUCGUCCACGGAACCUUCUCCGGAGAGCUCAACAGAACCAAGUAGCUCCAGCUCCGAGGAACCCUCGUCCACGGAACCUUCUCCGGAGAGCUCAACCGAGCCGAUUACCUCCAGCUCUGAAGAACCAUCGUCCACGGAACCUUCUCCGGAGAGCUCAAUAGAGCCGAAUAGCUCCAGCUCCGAGCAACCCUCGUCCACGGAACCUUCUCCGGAGAGCUCAACAGAGCCGAAUAACUCCAGUUCCGAGGAACCAUCAUCGACGGAACCGUCGUCCACGGAACCUUCCCCGGAGAGCUCAACAGAGCCGAAUAACUCCAGCUCUGAAGAACCAUCGUCCACGGAAACUUCUCCGGAGAGCUCAACAGAGCCGAAUAGCUCCAGCUCCGAGGAACCAUCGUCCACGGAACCUUCUCCGGAGAGCUCAACAGAGCCAAAUAGCUCCAGCUCAGAAGAACCAUCUUCCACGGAACCUUCUCCGGAGAGCUCAACAGAGCCAAGUAAUUCCAGCUCUGAAGAACCAUCAUCGACGGAACCCUCGUCCACGGAACCUUCUCCGGAAAGCUCAACAGAGCCGAAUAGCUCCAGCUCUGAGGAACCAUCGUCCACGGAACCUUCUCCGGAGAGCUCAACAGAGCCAAAUAGCUCCAGCUCUGAGGAACCCUCGUCCACGGAACCUUCUCCGGAGAGCUCAACAGAGCCGAAUAACUCCAGCUCUGAAGAACCAUCGUCCACGGAAACUUCUCCGGAGAGCUCAACAGAGCCGAAUAGCUCCAGCUCCGAGGAACCCUCGUCCACGGAACCUUCUACGGAAAGCUCAACAGAACCAAAUAGCUCCAGCUCAGAGGAACCAUCGUCCACGGAACCUUCUCCGGAGAGCUCAACAGAGCCAAAUAGCUCCAGCUCCGAGGAACCAUCGUCUACGGAACCUUCUCUGGAGAGCUCAACAGAGCCAAGUAACUCCAGCUCCGAGGAACCAUCAUCGACGGAACCCUCGUCCACGGAACCUUCUCCGGAGAGCUCAACAGAGCCGAAUAACUCCAGCUCCGAGGAACCCUCGUCCACGGAACCUUCUACGGAAAGCUCAACAGAGCCAAAUAGCUCCAGCUCAGAGGAACCAUCGUCCACGGAACCUUCUCCGGAGAGCUCAACAGAGCCAAAUAGCUCCAGCUCCGAGGAACCAUCGUCUACGAAACCUUCUCUGGAGAGCUCAACAGAGCCAAGUAACUCCAGCUCCGAGGAACCAUCAUCGACGGAACCCUCGUCCACGGAACCUUCUCCGGAGAGCUCAACAGAGCCGAAUAACUCCAGCUCCGAGGAACCCUCGUCCACGGAACCUUCUACGGAAAGCUCAACAGAGCCAAAUAGCUCCAGCUCAGAGGAACCCUCGUCCACGGAACCUUCUCCGGAGAGCUCAACCGAGCCAAAUAACUCAAGCUCUGAAGGAACAACAUCAUCAACCGAGAAAUCAGCCGAAAGCUCUGCCGUAAUCGAAGCGGCUCCAUCAUUGCCCGUCCGUAGACCGAUCAAACCAGUUUUGAUGUCCAACCGUCCAGCUGUGUAUGGUGGGAAGGACGAAACACAGAGUUCGGUGGGAAGUAAACAACUGCAGCAUAAUCGUGUGAUGAGCACUUUGUCAGGGGGUUCUUCUCAGUUUCAAGAAAGAACAGACUGCAGUUUCCUCCCCACUGGAGCCUUCCUAAGGGAUCCCACGUCGUGCAACAAAUUCUAUGUGUGUGUAAAUGGAAUGGCCGUUCCCCGGCGCUGUCCUAGUAUUCUCUACUUUGACAUCAAGAAGAAGGUGUGCAAUUUCCCCAGCCUCGUGGACUGCUCUCUGGUGUCCAAAGAUGCCCCGGUCUCCGUACUCAAGACACUUUCGCAGCACUCGGGUCUCAUUGGGUCAUCCAGUCAGGAAGUGGAACAGGAACCGAUCCUUGAAUGCAGCUCGCUUCCAAACGGUGAACUUGUCCGGGCUCUGAAUUCAUGCAGCAAAUUCUAUGUCUGCGCCAAUGGUCUCGCCAUAUCCCGUCAAUGUCCGAAGGGUCUGUAUUUCGACAUCACAAGGAAGAUCUGCACCUUCCCCAGUCUCGUGGAUUGCUCGAUAGUCGAGUCGAGUCGAAAGCAAGUAAAACGGAAACCUGGCCAAGGUCGGGAAGGAGGCGCAUCACCAGUGAAGCUGCAUCGCAAAUAGAGGAGAGCUGAUCUUGUAGAGAAAGGAUUAGUAUUAUUUGGUUUGCUCACAGUAUUAUUGUAUUAUAGGAACAUGGUAAAAGGGUAUCAGCAU